AUGGCGGACUUGGGUGACCUUGUUGGCCAGCCCAUUACAGGGAGCACAAGCUUUAAUUGGACAUGGUUCAUUGAGCUGGUCACCUGUUCAUGUCUCGCCCUCUUCUUUCUCUUCUACUUCAACCGCCUCUUUGCAACUUUGGUGUCCUACGGCUUGAGAGCUUUCACAUGGCACAAGUAUCGCAUAUGGAUCGACAUCCAGUCUCUUCAGCUCUCCUUCCUCGCCGGGAGGAUAUUCUUCAAAGGUCUUCGCUAUCAUGCUGAGAAUGAGACUGUCCUAAUCCAGAGUGGCUACAUCACUUGGAGAUACUGGCUUCGGUCUGCCCGCCAGGUCGAUCUCUCCAUGACGGAUGAUCAGAGUCAUGUCAGCUUCAAAGAGAAGACAUCCAAUCCUGGAGAUGCUUCCCAACCCUCUGCUACUGUUGAGGACGACCAAGAACUGGGGCCCAUCGGGAAACCUGACGCCUCCGACGCACGACUUGCAAUCACUGUUUCCGGCCUAGAAUGGUUCGUGUACAACCGCACACCAGUCUAUGCUUCUUUCUUCAAGGAUGACCCUUUGGCCAAGUCGAAAACUGAGGACACGAAUCCGGAGAAAAAUGGAAUGCUGCCCAAGUCGUUUUCGGGGAAACUACGCCAUCGCCUCGGGACAGCAAGACCAGACUCUAAAGAUACAUUCGCUAGCGAAUCCUCAACCGAUAGACUCUCCAACGAGAAAAGUGAUCAGUCCUUGGGGCCAGAUGAAGCGAGGGUCCCUAUCUCUCGGAUGGAGACCUACACCAGUGCUGCCUCCCGCGAAGACGAGCCUACAACAAAUGUAUCCACCUUCUACUCAUUGAUGGUGAGGACCCUGCCAAUUUCAAUCGAGUGUACUAAAGGAGCUAUCACUCUGGGCAAUGAGAACACGCGUGCUAUUAUGGUUACCACGUUUGCAUCCGCUUUCGGCCACAUAGAUGCCGCUACGUCUGGUCCUCUAGACAUCUUUCGUCAAGUUUUCGAUUUCGAGAUCGACCACCCCAAGGUUGAAAUGAAGCCUAAUCCCGACUAUCGCAGAUCUCAAACUGCCGCCGCAGAGAAAUAUAUAUCAGCUGCUGAAUCUCUGCUGCGCAAAAAAAGACGGUGGUGGAAAAUCGAUUUCGGAAUCGGAGACCGAGUCAGGAGGAUUGGCCAUGGUUUGAAGCGCCUUCUUCCAGGACUUCGUAGCUCGCGUGGAUCCUUGCGGACUUCGGCCUCACCCGAUAGGGUGUCUAAAGGGCAUUUCAUUUUCGAGGACUUUCACGACCAGAACAGGUCAUGGCAUGGCUUGACCCGCUAUUUAGAUGAAGAUGAGAGGGAUGACCAUGAAAGCUGGUCCCAUGUGGACUAUGCCAGGUUUUCACAGGUUUUGGACUCACCUGCAGUACACCUGAACUUCUAUUGGGACAUUCCAGGCGAAGUUGUUGAAGAGCAGGAGGGUGGGCAAGAACCAGAUGCCAACUGUGACGAAGUGAAUGGAUGUAGCCCCCCAGGUUAUGGCUUGGAUUUGACUGUCAGAGGCGGCUUUGUCAACUACGGCCCGUGGGCAGACAGGCUCAGACUGGAGAUCCAGAACGUUUUUUUCCCAAACCCAUUCAAAUCUGUCACUCCUGCAGAAGCUCUCGGUGUUGGGCAGCCGAGGCAAAGUACAGUCAUGACCAUCCGAGUCGACCUGGAAGAUGAGGUGAGCCUUCGUGUCCCUACCAAAGAACGUUCAAAAGACUGGCAAUGGAGAGGGCGAGCCCAUACAGUUCGAGACGCAGCUGCUGUUCGCAAACAGCGGGGGAAAAGACAUUUUCGCUUUCGCAGAUCUCAGAAGACCAAAAUUGGACCUGAUAUUCGACCCUUCGGUUGGUUGACUGUCUCAGCAGGGAAAGAUUCCACAGUUCGCUAUGAUAUGGAUAUGUUUCCCCGAAGUCAGGGCUAUCAAAACCUGUUAAGGCUUGACCUCAAAAAUACAAAGGCAACAUCAAGCGUGAACCACGCUCUCCUCUGGCGGUGCAGAUCACAAAUGGUAUUCUGCGACCUCUCAAAUCCUCUCGCCUGGAACAGCCCUCACUCUUGGAUCUUUGAUGUUGAGAACAACGCGAUGGAAAUGUUUCUCUUGAGAGACCACAUGUUUCUGCUGACUGACCUGAUAAGCGAUUUCACCGCGGGCCAGAAGCCCGAUUACAUGACUUUUGUGCCAUUUCUCUACAAGCUCCAUUUGACAUUCCCGAACCUGAAGUUAUAUCUCAAUGCUAAUGACUACAAUAUCAUCGACAACCCUUGCGACUUGGAGGAAAAUGCAUUCUUGAUCUUGGGAUUUCAACAACUUACGGGGAAUGUAGAUAUUCCCAUGCAGUACUUCGCCCCCCGCCAAAGCAGUGUCAAAUUUCUCGCCGAAGGCCACAAUGCCUAUCUGGAGCUGGUGACACCUUUAUGGAGCACUCUUAAUACACUUGUCGAGGAAAAGACAACGGCUACAUUAAAGCAGCUCAGCCUAGAGGGCUCUUACAACUACUACACAAAUGUCGCGCCCACCUUGACCGAUUCCUUGUUCAUGACGGUUACGGGAUACGCUCCCCAGUUCUACCUACAUGGGUACCUAAUCCGUUAUUUCAUGAAUGUCAAGGAAAAUUACUUUGGAGAAGACUUGCACUUCCGAACAUUGGAAGAAUAUCAGAACAUGUUGGCCGAUCCUGAGAAUUAUGCUCCUCGCCCUGGACUGAAAAAGGAGAACGAUCUGGACGUUAUCCUAACAGUACGGGCUGACAACUCAAGCGUCUUGCUGCCAGCUAACAUUUACUCACGGACAGAAUGUGUGCGGGUCGAUGUGCUCGCGGUUGAAGCGGAUAUGCGAUUCACCAACUAUUACAUGGAUCUACAAGUUAAUUCAAGUCCCCUCGAAGCAUCGAUACAGUCCACUCCCUCAAGCAACUCAAAGGAUGGCACUAGCAUCUCAAAUUGCCAGCUCUUCAUCGACAGUGCUGGCGUCUAUGGCCACCGACUAUUCGGAGCUCCACCAACUGAACCAACCUACGUUUGUAAUUGGGACAUUGAUGUGGGUGAAAUCACUGGCGAGUGCUCGUCCAAAUUCAUACAAACGUUGAUCCCUGCAAUAAUGUCGUUUGUCUUCACUUUGGAUGAUGAUGAGAAUGCGCUUCCAGAAAUCAAGAAAUCAAUCAUUCACGACGUGACAUUCUUGAGGGUCAACCUUGCAGCCUUGCGUCUCUGGCUCGUGACGACUGGAGCUGCAUUUCUGUUUGAACUGUCCGAAUCCGAUCUUUCCUUUGGGGAUUGGGCUGGUUCCAGCUUUGCCAAAACAUUGAGAGCACAUGUUCCGCGGAUCUUAUUUGCUGUUGUCGACCAUACAAGCGCGAUCCGCCAUCACGAUGGUCACUCUGGUCGGGUCAAAACGCAUGCAAGCUUCGAAACUUCGCUCACCGUGGGCUCCCUCGAUAAGUCUGAAGAUCUUGCCCACACAAGGGCUUUGCAACAACAGCAUAUUCGUUAUCACGACCAGCGUACUCACCGUGCUGACUGGUUGCUAAAAGCCAAUCCGCUCUAUCCCGCAAACCACAAGACGCCGGAUUGGGCUCGCGAAAGACCUGCAAUGCCCGUACCUGUCUUACCUGAACCAGUGGGCCAGGUACGGAACACUAAUCUGCUCGGCGGAACCGGAAAUAAACAAACUCCCAAAGAGAGAAUCCGCAAGAGCUCAUUUCUUUCUUCUUCGUCGGUCUCACUACAUAGAAGCGGGGCUUCGAAACCUCAUGCUUCUGACAGGCGUUUACUACCCCCGGCCUUGAAGGGAGGUUAUCAGGGUGGAACUUCUAAAAAUCCAUUACCUCCUUCUGAGAACUUGAUUGCUCAGGGCAAGACCACCUCCAACCUUGCCGAUAUGAAUGAUUUACAUGCCCAUACUAAUCUUGUGACUUUCUCAAGCCCUUGGACCCCGCCUCACUUCACGCUGCACAAUGUUCAGCCAGACACUACGAAUAUGCCACCAGCAUCAAGCCUAGUGGCCCAGGAAUGGAGUAACCUGGUGUUACAUACUAGCAUGUCCGAGACACAGCAUGGUGAAUUCGAACAUACGCCUCACAACGGACUUGUCUGCUUGGUCGGAAACGGAUUAUCUGGAUUCUGCACGCCGGAUAUGUUCUUGUCCAUUGGAGAGCUGAUCCGCGAGCUUCGUACAGAUCGCCCGGUUGACUGGCUCGAUCAAGUUCAGAUCGAUCUCAUGAAACAGGUGAUGGAAAUGUACAAGCAUCGAGAUCACGGACACCUGGUCGAUAUCGCGAUUCAUCUACCCAGAGCGCAUAUCAAAUUAAUUAACAGCAUCGUAGCAAGUGAAAAGUUUCCGGGUUCUAAUGAUCAGUACAACAUAAAACUGGUUGAAAGUCAGGUUAUGUAUCGUUCGCUGCACCGGAAGACCAACGCUCAGGAACAGAAGGCUCAGGAACAGAGCCAGGUUGUUUAUGGCUCUAUCCAAAGCCUAUCCAUAAGCGCUCGAGACGAUGCUCUUCAACCUGGGAAGGCAGGAGCACAAGCGGAGUUGUCCCUGGCUAAUACUGGCUUCUGGCUAUACAUGAAAGAGGAAACGAAAUCAAAGCUCCAACUGAGCAACUUCGAUAUUGUUCUGUGGUCAGACCGGCUUGCUAAUAUGGCUGGGUUGAUACAACGAAGCGCGGUAAUGGUAGAUUAUAUUGCCGGUGCCUUUUCUGGACUUGACGAAAGCUCCAAGUCAAAACACUUGAUCUAUCAUCUCACUCAGGCAGGCUCUUCGGUGUCAGACCCCGUCUAUUUGACCAAACCGUCCUAUGUUUUACGAAGCGCUGACAAGCAUGUUCGCCUUACAGAUUCCUGGAAGAUCAUGACCCGGCUCAGAUAUAUAUUCUUCACUCUACUCAGUGAGAACGACUCGCUUGCAUUGGGAGUAUGUGACUGUAAAGCGCUCGAACUUGAGAGUUCGGCUCGGAAGGAUGUUCUCUCCUCUUUCGAACGUUGGCGCGGUUGGGACUAUGCAAGGGACAGAGUGCCCCUCAUGAACAAGCUUUUCGAAGAUCUUGGGCCUGGUUCACCCAGGUUGGUUGAAAGACCUCCUGCUCUUUCCACCGAAAUUGUCGUCGGCAAACUUGGGUUCAUUCUGGACCCGGGUCCGAGGCAAAGCGAUCUAGCAAUGCUUGGUCUCGAUUUGAAUUUAGCUCUUGGCCCAGUAGAUGGAUCUUUGAAUGAUCAACCUACACAGAAAGUCAUCGUACAAGCAUACCUUGCGGACAUUGCACUGCAUCUCAACUGGGCGUUACUUGAGUUGGCACGCCAAGUCAUAGAGCUGGGGAACCCAUUUGCUGCAGCAAAGCCAACUGUUGCCAUCAAAAGAACUGCUCAAGUCGACCAGUCUGUAACCAGAAGACAAUUCACCAUUGUCCUUGGAAGCGAUGCAGCCUCGAUAUAUCUUACGACACUUAACCUGAGGUUGAAGUGGGGCGCUGAGAGUUUCAGAAGUGCAGUCUCUUUUAACACAGGCGGCAUUCGACCAGAGGUUGCAUCCUUCACGAUUGCAGCAAAUACAGCUAUGGCUAGAUUCAAGAGUCACUCACGCUCACUGCUGAUGUGGGAAUUGAGGUCGCCAAAACUAUAUGGAUCAGUCUCAUAUCAAGCUUUAUCGACAGAAAAGACGAUUGUACGAGUGGGCGCUGCAAGCAACAAGCUCCGAUUCGAGAUGAAGGAAAACAUAGUGGGACUGCUAAGUGUUGUAGAGUCUGUGAUUUAUGACGAAGUCCACAUCAUUAUGCGGUUGAGAGAUCAAAUGCCGCUAGGAGAGGACGAAAGCCAUGCUGCUGGGCACAUUCGAAACAAUUCGCCUCUCGAUCUCGACCUCCACAUCGCAAUGUUUUUGGACGACUACAGAUUGAAAAUCUCGAUUGUUCCCACACUCUCUUACACCAUAGCCGGAAACGUUGCGCGGACAUCUGUCUUGCCCCGCAAAGAUGGUGGAUUAGACAUUAAUUUUGACAUAAAACAGCACGAACAUCUUUUCGAAGUACCACGUGGGACGGCUAGGAACAAUUUAUCAAUCCUGAAGAUGCCACCGAUUAGUGGCCGUCUCUCGGUGCGGCAAACACCCCAAUUCGUGGUGGUUCAUGCACGCACGACAGUGGAACAAGUCAACCUCGAGGCCGCUGGGGUGAGAGCAUGUUUCGACGCCCUGAAUCAGCCUGGCGUAGUGCAACUUGUUCCGGAUACCAAAAGAUUAGUACAGCGAAUACGAUCGUCUCUAGAUCAGGUCAAAGGUCGCCCAGCUGAAUCCCACCCGACACAGCCUGUCAAGCCCAUGUUGAUGUUGCGAUUUGCUAUUCAUGGCACACUUGCAGGAGUGAACAUACACAUGAGCGCUCCCUCAGUUCACCAAGGAAGCAAUUACAAGGCUGAAAUGGAAUUGAGACUAGAAGGAACCACUCUUUUCAUUCAUAAUGAAUCUGAUGACUUAAAUUCAAUAUACGAACACCCACAGUUCUCUCUCGACUCGAAGGGAGUUGGAUUAAGUGUCUAUCGUACAGCUGGUCACAAUAAGGUCAAUGUGGGGAAGGUAGUCGUGGGGCUCAAAGCGUCUGGAAGAACUUCAAAUGAUUCCGGUUCUCGCACAUUCCAAGUGUAUCGCGCGAAAAGUGAAGGCAUUACAGUUGAACUAUAUGAAGAAACUGCUUCUGUGGGUGUUGACAUCGCCCAGUUCAUCCAAGACCGUGUUCAGUCCAUCAAACUUGCCGAUGCCUCUGACAACAUCACACGACUGAGGCGGAUGACAGCCGCGGGCAUAUCAGAUCGCUUGAAGCCUAAAGACCAGGUAGAGGCUGCUUUGGUAGCAACGAUGUCACAAGAGUCGACAUCCUCGGCACUCUACGAUUCCACCUACGCUCUUGAUCUAGAGAAGAUCUGUAUCCGCUGGAACUUGACGCGCCACUCAGUGCUAUCCCCUACGCGAGAACCGGAAGAUUUAGUUUUCUCAAUUCGCAGAGUUGACCUCCAGACUAGACAAGAAGGGACUGCAAGACUUUCCAUUCUUGACACUCAAUUGCAGAUCGUACCUCAGUCUCAAGCAGAUUCUCCCACUCAACGAACAGCUAACUCUGCGCUGCUUCCAGAAGUCGUUUUUGGUGCGGUGUAUCUGAGUACCAAGCGUGAUCGCCGAUUCGCCUUUCAAGCGAAGGGCAAAGCCUUGGAUCUUCGGCUUGCGACAGAUUCUGUCAUUGGAGCCCACGCUCUCCAAAAAUCAAUCGCCAAUGCGAGUGCCGAUCUACGGGAGGCAAAAAAAUCUGCGACAGAGAAUCCACAAACAUCUGGAACAGAGCAUUCCGGCUUUCUAGGAGGGAACCGGCUGGCUUCACUUCUUGUAGACGCAGAUUUUGCUGGCGCUGUGGUCCACAUCAGUCCACGCGCUGAAGUACAGCAAAAUACCUCGGUUUUCGGCUUCCUGAAAGGCAAAAAGCGAUCGCGUGCCGGUCGGUACGGACAAGCUGUCCAAGGAGACGAUGCAACUUCGGCAAUAUUGAAGUCUCCUGGCGUCGCACUCAAAAUUGAGUACAGCGACAACGGACAGGACGAUCCAUCCUUGAGUACCGAGGUCAAGGUGGCAGCAUCAUCAAACACCCUGUACCCAACUGUUGUACCUCUGAUCCACGAAAUUUCAUCCAGUGUCAAGGAAAUUCUAGGUGACGAAGACUCGACUGCGGAACAGCCUCCUCCACAGGUUCCGCGGACCAGUUAUCUUUCCGAUGCCACGAUCACCAAUACCACUCCAAAAGCAAUCUUGGGUCGUUGUAAAUUGAAUGCCGGUCUCUACAUCCAGCGGCAGGAAUUCAGCCUCAGUUGUCAGCCCAUCGCGCGAGUUGCUGCGACAACAAGGUUCGCCGAUAUUUUUGUGGCUGUCAAUACAGUAUCGGCUCCCGAUCAGGAGCGCUUUUUUGCGGUUCUGACUACUUUCAAUAAGCUUGAGGCCUCGGUGCAACACGUCUACUCGAGGGAAUCCACAGCGAGCUUUGAAGUCGACUCAGUUGUGAUGUCACUAAUGAACAGCAAGCACGUCAGUUCCCGAACUGGAAUUUCCGUCAUUCUCAAUAUCAGUCCGAUGAACAUCGACAUCAAUGCAAAACAGGUCCAAGACUUUCUCCUCUUUCGCGAGAUAUGGUACCCUGCUGAGCUUCGACGUGCUUCGAAGCCUACAACGUCUAUUGCGACGACGCAAGAUCAACAGGCUUAUGCAAUGCAGCGGUAUCAGGAGAUAUCCGCCCAGGGAACUCUGCCAUGGCAUGCUAUCAUCUCAAUCCAGGAGAUCAAACUACAAGUCGAUCUGGGUCAGGGAUUAGGCAAGUCAGUCUUAACAAUUUCUAAAUUAUGGGCUUCUUCGAAAAAGAACAAUGAUUCGGAACAAAACCUUUGCAUUGGCUUUGACAGAGUCGGCAUCGACAGCACAGGCAGAAUGAGCGGCUUUGUCGAGCUUCAAAAUAUGAAGGCCAGAACUUCCAUCAGGUGGCCCAUAGAUUCGGAGGCGCACAGAAGAGCUCCGCUGGUGCAGGCCUCGAUUGCUUUUGAGCAUCUUCGGGUCAAGGCAUCCUUCGACUAUCAACCUUUUGCUGUAGCAGACAUCUCUUCUUUCGAGUUCUUGAUGUAUAACGUCAGACAAGGCCGAGGGAGUGCGACUGAUCGUUUGGUAGGCAUUCUUGAUGGUGGCAAAGUGCAAAUCUUUUGUACAACCGCGACAGCCGGACAAGCCUUGGCUUUGGUACAGGCCUUCGAGAGGCUCGUGCAGGAGAAGCAAGAGGCCUAUCAAACCUCUUUACGCGAUUUGGAUAAGUUCUUGCGAAGGAAGUCGGUCUUUCCCUCGAGCAGCUGGGUCACACCACCUUCACAAUUGAAGGAGAAGUCCACCAGCAAAGGCACGUUCUCGCUGCACACAGACGUAGUUGUGACGCUCAAGGCAUUGGAUUUGGGUGCCUUCCCAACUACAUUCUUUGACACCCAGAUCCUGAAGGUCGAGGCGACUGAUGUGCAGGCACGAUUUGCUGUGGCAACAACUGAAGGCAAGACUCAUAGUGGACUCGGAAUGAGUCUAGGUCAAGUCAGGGUAGCUCUAUCCAAUGUGAACCGAGUCACCACGAAGGCUUUGAGCGAAGUAUCGGUCCCAGAGGUUAUCGAGCAAGCAACAACUUCUCGAGGAGGCACGAUAGUGAAGGUCCCUCGACUCGUCUCGUCCAUGCAAACGUGGCAAGAACCAGACUCGAAUAUCAUAGAACAUGUCUUUCGCAGUACAUUUGAGGGCAAAGUGGACGUUGGAUGGAAUUUUGCACGAAUAAAUUUUAUUCGUGGUAUGUGGCAAACACAUUCCCGCGGGGUGGCUCAACGACUUGGAAAGCCUUUGGCUCCUUCAGCAGUCAAGAUUACGGCCGAGCCACAAGGUGAAGGGGAGAACGGCGGGCAAGAAAAAAUCACUGCGGUGGUCAAUGUUCCCCAGUCCCGAUUUACAUAUGUUGCUCUUGUGCCACCGAUGAUUGACACUCCUCAACUUCGAGACAUGGGAGAGGCAACUCCGCCGUUAGAAUGGAUAGGGUUGCAUCGAGACAAAUUACCGGAAGCAACACAUUCUAUCGCGAUUGUUUCCCUUUUGGAGAUCGCCAGGGAAGUCGAAGAUGCUUAUGCUCGAAUUCUUGGGGCCAGCUAA